GGCGCAUAUGAGGCUCGUCGCAGGGUUAUGGAUCGUGGAGGUUCUUGCUUGCUUCGAGGGGUGGCAGGCGAUAGAUGAUGGCGCUGGCCUUGUGAGCUGGCACAGCGGUAUAUAAGGGGAAGGGGAAUUUGUUCUGCUCGACUUCUUUUCCUUCGUCGUUCCUCUUCGAUCCAGGCCAGUCAAACAUGUUCUUCUCUACUGUCUUCACCGCUGCCGCUCUCCUCACGGCUCAGGCUGCCGCCCACGGCGCCGUGACCAGCUAUGUCAUCGAUGGCAAGACAUACCCAGGCUACGAAGGCUUUGCGCCGGCCACCAGCCCCAAGACCAUCCAGCGUCAAUGGCCAGACUACAACCCGACCAUGAGCGUCAACGACAAGAAGGUCAUGUGCAACGGCGGCACGAGUGCGGAUCUCAGCGCCACCGUCCCCGCAGGAGGCAAGGUCCGCGCCAUCUGGAAGCAGUGGACGCACGAACAGGGUCCCGUCAUGGUCUGGAUGUACAAGUGUGCCGGUGACUUCAAGUCCUGCGACGGCAGCGGCAAGAAGUGGUUCAAGAUUGACCAAGAAGGCAUGACCGCCCCACCCCUCAGCGGCCGCAACUGGGGCACCGCCAAAGUCGUCAAGAACCUCUACUGGGAGUCCACAAUCCCGGCCAACCUGGCACCUGGAAACUAUCUCAUACGCCACGAGCUGCUAGCACUCCACCAGGCUAAUGCCCCUCAAUUUUAUGCAGAGUGCGCACAGAUCCAAGUCACCGGCAGUGGAUCCGCAGAGCCCAGUGGCCAAUACCUCGCCAACAUCCCCGGCUAUGCGUCGCAGAAUGAUCCCGGAAUCAUGGUCGAUACCUAUGGCAGCAAGGCUACUACGUAUACGCCUCCUGGCCCGCCCGUCUGGACGGGACAGGCGUUCAAGCCUAGGGGCUCGUCGAGGGAGGAGUAGAGCGUGAAGUAGAUGAAGUAUUAGAUCUUCAACUUGUAUAUCUUGAUUGCAUAUGCUGUUGCAUGGGAGAAUGUGAAACUUGAAUUCAGGGGCGAUUCUGUGUCUGAUCGUUGACAAGUUGGUUUU